ACGCUGCUGGAUGUGACGUCAUAUAAAGGACUGGAGUGGAGGGGGCGGGGCCUGGAUGGAACGUUUCCGUGGCGACGGGCGGUUCUAAAGGCAGGAGUUUAGGAGCUCAUGGAUCAUUCAGCAGUAAGUCCUGUAGAGAAAGAUUGUUAUUAGGAGACAGUAAAGAAGAUGAAGAGGAUCAGAGAGGUGCGCUGGUUCUUUGAAGACGUCGUCCACAAAGUCUCCCGUUUCUUCAAUAAUGACAGAGAACUGGAGAGGCAAUGGGAGGACGAGAUGUUCCGCCGGGUUCAGUCAGAGAGGAUCGAGGCAGAACAGAAGUUAGACAGGCUAAACAGGAAGCUGAAGAAGAUGGAGAAAGAGGAGAAGAAGCUGGAGAAGAAGAUGAGGCUUCGAGAGAAGAAGCGAAAGAUCCAGCAGAAGCGAGAACAGGAUUGGUUCAGGAGCAACAUGAACUCGUCUGCAGUAGCAGAAGAGAGUCAGGAGCUGGAGGAGCGAGUGCAGAGCCGUCCGGACGUGGAGAGAGAGAGCACACUCCUCCUUCAGCAGCUCAAGAGAGAGAGAGAAGAGGAGAUGCUGAAGAACAGAGAAAUGGAGGACCUGCUGAAGAGGCAACUGGAGGAGCUGAAGUACAGAGUUGGACAGAUGGAGCAACUUAGAGAAGAGAAAAGGUAUAAGAGAGAACCAGAGAUGGAGAGGAAGAAAGAGGUAGGAAAAGAAGAGAUAGAGAGGCAGAAGGAGCUUCAGCGUCAGGCCAAAAGAGAGAGAGCCCUGGAGAAAAAGAUGGAAACAGAGCUGAAGGAGAAAGUAGAGCAGAUUGAGAGAGAAAGAAGGAAGAGGGAGGAGAUGGAGAAAGAUAUGGAGAGAAAGCUAGAGGAGAGAAAGAGAGAGAUUGAGGAAAGGAAGAGGGAGAUGGAGAGAAGGGUGGAGGAUAGAAAGAGAGAGAUCGAGAGAGAGCAGGAAGAAGUAAAGAGGAAAAGGAAGGAAGAUCUACAGAAGAUGCAGGAACAGGAGGUUCUUCUGCAGAGGCAGCUAGAGAUGAAAAGAAUGAAAGAAGAGGAGAAGAUGAGGGAGGAGAGAGACCGAGCCCUUGCAGAAAAGAUGGAAGAUGAGCUGAGGAUGAAAGAGGAAGAGAUAGAGACAGAAAAGAGGAAGCUGGAGGAGAAGGAGAGAGAGAUGGAGAGAAGGUUAGAGGAGAUGAGGAAGGAGAUGGAGAGAAAGCAGGAGGAGAGACAGAGAGAGAUCGAGAGAGAGCAGGAAGAAGUAAAGAGGAAAAGGAAGGAAGAUCUACAGAAGAUGCAGGAACAGGAGGCUCUUCUGCAGAGGCAGCUGGAGAUGAAAAGAAUGAAAGAAGAGGAGAAGAUGAGGGAGGAGAGAGACCGAGCCCUUGCAGAAAAGAUGGAAGAUGAGCUGAGGAUGAAAGAGGAAGAGAUAGAGACAGAAAAGAGGAAGCUGGAGGAGAAGGAGAGAGAGAUGGAGAGAAGGUUAGAGGAGAUGAGGAAGGAGAUGGAGAGAAAGCAGAAGGAGAGGCAGAGAGAGAGGGAGGAGAGAAUGAUGGAGAUGGAGAGAAAGAUAGAGGAGAAAAGGAGAGCAAUUGAAAGUGAGAAGGAGGAAAGAGAGAGAGAGAGGAAGGAGAGAAAGAUGGAGAUGGAGAGAAAGAUGGAGGAGAAAAAGAGAGCGAUGGAAAGAGAGGAGGAGGAAAGAGAGAGAGAGAUAGAGCGAGAGCAGGAGAGACAGAGAGAGAUGGAGAAAGAACUGGAGGAGAGACAGAGAGAUAUGGAGCAAGAGCUAGAGAGACAGAGAGAGAUGGAGAAAGAACAGGAGGAGAGACAGAGAGAGAUGGAGCGAAAGCUUGAGAGAAAGAUUGAGAGGAAGAGAGAGAUGGAAAGAAAGAGAGAGAUGAAGCGAGGGCUUGAGAGGCAGAGAGAAAUGGAGAAAGAACAGGAGGAGAGACAGAGAGAGAUGGAGCGAAAGCUUGAGAGAAAGAUUGAGAGGAAGAGAGAGAUGGAAAGAAAGAGGGAGAUGAAGCGAGGGCUUGAGAGACAGAGAGAAAUGGAGAAAGACCAGGAGGAGAGACAGAGAGAGAUGGAGAAAGAACAGGAGGAGAGACAGAGAGAGAUGGGGAAAAAACAGGAGGAGAGACAGAGAGAGAUGGAGAAAGAACAGGAGGAGAGACAGAAAGAUAUGAAGCAAGAGAAGGAAGAGAGACAGAGAGAGAUGGAGAGAAGGAGAGAAGCUGUGAGAGAGCAGGAGAAGGAGAGAGACAUAGAGAAGGCGGCAGAAGAAAGAUCAAGGGAGGAGCUGGACGUCCAGAACAUGCAGGAGGCCAGACGGGAGCACAUGGAGCGAGAGAGACAGAGGAAGAGGGAGCUCCUGAAGAAGCGUUUCUCUCCAGGAGAACCCUUCUUCAAAGCUUCAGACGAGGACACCAGACGCAGGGGCUUUAGGGCCAGGAGAUCCGAGGUCCAAACUCCUGAAAUAAAGGAGGAGAUCCCUGAGCCACAGGACGAGAAACACCUAGAAGAACCUGUGGCCUCCAGCACAGGACCCAGGUUCAUCUGCGUGAAGCCCCUGACGGAGCUCUCAGAUCCUGAGGAGAAAAGUGAGGAGGAGCAGGAGAGCAGCACUGGUGGUGAGGAGGAGAACAUCCCUCAGAAAGAACCAGAGGAGGAGCCCAAGGACAUCAAAACGGAAAAGAUGAAGAAGGUCUUGCUGCGGCCGUUCCCGAUGGGCAGGAUGACGGAGUGCUUUGUGGAACGGGACAGAGAGAACAGGGACAAUCCCGUCUACCGCCUGUACCGAGAGGAGGGGGACAGCAAAGAGUUACUGAUGGUUGCACGGAGGAUCGGCCACCAGAACACCUACAAGAUCCGGCUGGGCGAUUCUAGUGCGGGUGGUAGUAUUCUGGGUCAGCUAAGGUACAAUUGGAAGUUUACCGAGUUCUCACUGAACGUCAAAAGAGGCCAACCUGAAUAUCCGACUGAAGUCACCACCAUCCACUACGUGAAAAACUUUCUGGGGUUGAAGAAGAAGAAAGAGAACACCACAGUCGUCCUCACUUCCAUAGACAAAGAAUCUGAGCAGUACAACCUGGUGCAUAAAUCUCCAGUCUGGGACUCUGAGAGAGAAGAAUACGUCCUCAGGUUCCAUGGAAGAGCAAAAAUGGCUUCAGUCAAGAACUUCCAGAUCAUCAACCCUGAAAAGCCGGACCUUAUUCUGAUGCAGUUCGGGCGGGUUGAUGAAGACUCCUUCAUUCUGGACUACAGAUUCCCCUUCACUGCCCUUCAAGCCUUCGCCGUCGCCCUGUCCUGCUUCGAGGCCAAGUCAUGACCUCAACACCGUCGUGUGGACUGGACUUUAGACUGGGCAGGGUUACGGACAAUAGAUCAAUUAGAUUAGAUUAGAUUAAAUUAAGUUGGCUUGUCAAAGUUGGAAUUUUCCCAUAGACUUCCAUUCAAGGUGUCCAAACUUGAAUUGAUUUUUUUUU